CUGUGCCAGAGCCCGAGUGGAGAGAAUUGCCGAGAAGUCUCUCUGCGCCCGCUCGCUCCGGAGCCGCUUGGGCUGGGGGGGAGGCUUUGGGCAAGCGCUGGAUUUGUGGACCCUUCUGGUUUCCGCUGCCAUCCCCAAGAGAGUCUCGCUCUCCGCCAGCUUCGGAGCUCCCCGCCCCGUUGAAACCGGGAAGGGCACCCCGGGGUGGCCAAAAGAAGCCGGCUUUGGGCAGGAGCGCAGCCCCCCCGAGACAGCUCUAAACGCCCCCUCGACCAUGCCUGGACUUCGGGCCCCGCUGCUGCACCCCUCUCUCUGCUGGGCGAUCGCGGCUGGGAUGGCCUCGCUGCUUCUCUUCCAAGGAGUGCCCGUGCGCAGCGGAGGAGAGGCCACCUUCCCCAAGGCGAUGGAUAACGUGACCGUCAGGCAAGGGGAGAGCGCCAUCCUCAGGUGUCUCGUGGACAACCGGGUGACCCGCGUGGCCUGGCUCAAUCGCAGCAGCAUCCUGUUUGCAGGCAAUGACAAGUGGUGCCUGGACCCCCGAGUGGAGCUGGUCACCAACACCCAGACCCAGUACGUCAUCCAGAUCAAGGAUGUGGACGUUUAUGACGAGGGGCCUUACACCUGCUCCGUGCAGACAGAUAAUCACCCCAAAACAUUGCGGGUCCACCUCAUAGUGCAAGUUCCUCCCAAAAUUGUUGAGAUCUCUUCAGACAUCUCCAUCAAUGAAGGCGGCAACAUCAGCCUCACCUGCAUAGCCACAGGGAGGCCAGACCCCAUGAUCACUUGGAGGCACAUUUCACCCAAAGCUGUGGGAUUCUUGAGUGAAGACGAAUACCUGGAGAUCACUGGCAUCACCCGGGAGCAGUCAGGAGCCUACGAGUGCAGCGCCUCCAAUGAUGUGUCACCUCCUGUGGUGCGAAGAGUCAAUGUCACUGUGAACUAUGCACCAUACAUUUCAGGAGCCAAGAGCACCGGAGUUCCGGUAGGACAGAAGGGAAUCCUUCAGUGUGACGCCUCUGCAGUUCCAUCAGCCCAGUUCCAGUGGUAUAAAGAUGAUAAAAGGCUCAUCGAAGGGCAGAAAGGUUUGAAAGUGGAAAACAAAGCUUUCUUCUCCCGCCUGACUUUCUUCAACGUUUCGGAACAAGAUUAUGGGAAUUACACCUGCGUCGCUUACAACCAGUUAGGGAACACGAACGCCAGCAUCAUUCUGUACGAAAUAAGUGAGCCCACAAGCUCAACCUUGUUCCAAGAAGAAACAACCGCAUUCCAGACAACUCAGCAAGGACCUGGAGCAGUGCAUGAUGGGAACAAUGAUGGAUCCAGAACAGUUGCCAGCGUUUGGCUGCUUUCCGUCCUUCUGUUUCACCUGCUGCCCAAGUUUUGACCCCAUCAACGACGGUGAAAGGAAGAAGAAAGAAAGGGGGGAAAGAAAAAAAAAAAGAAUAUUAAAAAUUUUAAAAAAUAAUCAUAAUAGUAAAGAGAGUAUAUUAUGAGGAAAUCUGGGAGGGAAAGAAAGGGAGUUUGAAAACACAAGAAGAGUCUAAAUUGUCCUGCUGAUGUUUGAACACGACCGAGUGUUUUGUUUUUCUUUCCUUCUCAUUUUUUUUUCUUCCAUUUUUUUCCUGCCAUGGACAAGUAUGCAGCUGUUGGGGACUAACCAGUGCAUUUGGCUGAGUGGCCAUUCCUGUCCUCACCCUGCCAAGGCAGACUUUUUCCCCCUCUCUUUCUCUCUCAGUCUUUCUGUCUUUCUGUCUCUCUCUGCUUGGUUCCCCUGUAUGGAGGAUUACAAGUUUGGCUGCCCCAUGUGCAAGAAUCCAUGGCUUUUUCAUUCUCCCUCCCCCUGAUUUUUCCCUCCUCCUCAUGGACAACACUGUCAUCAUUUCUUUGGUUGCAAACUACCGCCGAAACAGCUACAGACCGCAACCAAUUCAACCACAAGGAACGACGACGACAACACAACGAAUACGCGAUCGUUAAGACAUUGAUUCAUUGUACUACAUGGAUAUCACGGAUAAUAAGGAAUUCUGAUUCAUUAUUAAUUUUAUUAAUUAUAUUUUCUGAUAUGAGCCUAGAACUUGUUAGUUCAUAAAAAAAACAGCAACAACAAAAAAGAACAAAAAACAGACAAAAAGGGAGGGGGGGAGAAAAGUUUAUUAAGCAUCACAAACCGAUUGAGUCGUGGCUUCUUAAACUAGGUUUACAAGAGGUGGAAGGUCAACUUGUCUCUGGUUGUCUGCGUGAUCCUUCUGGACGAGAGUUGGCAAAUCCAUUGGAGAACA